GCUCAGCCAAUCAGCGGCGCGCUUGCUGCGGGGCGGGCGGGAGCGGCCGUUUGUGGCGGGAAGUGGUGUUGGUACAGAGCUAUGGGUAAUGCAGCGGCGGAAGAUGAAUUAACGCUCUUUGAAAACGAUAUUAAAGAGUUUUGGAUCCAGUUUAAAAUCAGUUAUGGAGCUGAACAGAACAAUCAGACUUCAGCGCUGAGAGAUUUGUGCAAGGAGACUAUAGAAGCUCUUUCAGAGAAAUGGUCCAAGAAGCUGAAAGAAGAGGACCUGAUGAUUGACAAAAUUCAGGAGUAUAACAAUGAGAUUCUCCAGCAGAGUAAAUACUUAGCAGAAAAGGAAGAGCAGUUGACAGAAAUAAAAUCGAAGCUAAAUGAAGAAGAAGAGCAGCAGAAAAACUUGAAUGACAGCAUCCAAGAACUUAAAGAAGAGUUGAUGAAGAAAAUGGAAAUAAAAUCUUCUAAAAAUAAAGCUGCCAAGGAGAAAGCAGAACAAGUGAACAAGAUUAAAACAUUGUUUAAAGAGCAUCUUGGAUUGGAGAUGCGUAGAAUUCACGAUGAGCAAUUACAGUUUAUAUUCAGACACAUUGACCACAAAGAUCCUAACAAGCCAUAUGUGUGUACCCUUUCCAUAAAUGAACAAGGGGACUAUGAAGUGACUUCCUGUACUCCUCCUCUGGACUGCAUUGCAGAGUUACAGCUCAAACUGAGAGAAACUAACAAUUUUUCUGCAUUUGUUGCCAACAUCAGAAAAGCUUUCACUGCUUUAUCAUAUAAACAGUCUGCAUGAAACCAGUCUGUACCUCUUUCUGUCUGUAGAGCAGUCUUCUUUCCUUCCUGUUGCUGAAAUGGUGUAUUUAUCUGUGUCUGACUCUUAAUUUCUAAAUAAAGAUAAUGAAAGCAUUAUUUUAGUUUACUGUUAUCUACACACACUUUGGAUCAUUCUUCAAACAACAGUAUCACCAACUACUGCCUUAACUGAAUGUCUCUGGACUUGUAAAUUUUGAUCCAUUCCAUGCAUUAUGAUAAUGCAUGAUAAUGAUCUAAUAAUAAUGAUAAUGAUAUAAUGAUUUGUAUUUAGCUACCCCAGGGAGAUAAUCAAAAUAAAGUACCUUCUCUAGUUUGUGUAUAUUUUCCAAAAGCAUUGAUGUGUCUUUCAGAUUUCUGUGUGGUUGAAAUAGGCCUGAAACUCAUUGAAAAAAAGUUUGCUUUCAGUUACUUGUGUCAUAGGUCAUUGUCUUGAUUUUUAUCCUAACUUGUACUCUACAGUAUUAGCAUUUCUAUUCAUGCAUCUAAAUGGUUGUUUUUCUUCUGGUCUGUUAAACUUUGUCAUUGGAAAUCUUUUGACAUAGCAAAGCUUGAACUAUAAUGUAUUAAAGUAUGAAAUACAGUGGUGACAAAUAAAUCAUGUCUAUAUUUUGCAUCUUACCAAGAAGACUAUCACAGUGCUCAGCUUUGAUUUAAAAUAUUUUUCUGUCUCAUAAAGUGUUUUUAUUUUUACAGAAUAUUUAAAAGGACUGCUGCAACAAGAAAGAAAAUGCUUCAUUUGAUAAUAUACCACAGUUCAAAUAAAGUCUUGACUAAGUUCA